GACCACAGACUAUCGUGGCCUCUGUGCCUUUCAUCACCAAGUCGUGCGACCAACAACGAGCAGCAUCAUUCACAAUGUCCACACACACCGACCACGUCGACACACACCCCUCAUGUAGGAGCAGACGGAUGUGCAGCGGGACGCGGUUUGUGCAGGGCCGAGUAGGGAAUGGUGUUUGAUCGGGUGGCGAGAGAGGCAAUAAGGGUGGCAGACAACGAACGUUGAUGUGGAAUGAAUGCAUCCCCAUGAUAGAUACAGUCGGCAGGUCCGUACUCACACACCCACACACGAGUACAAACUUCCCCUCCACGGCAGGCAGGUUAGGCAGGCAGACAGACAGGGAGCUGGAUACACACACGCCUCCCACUGUCCACACACACACAGACUCACAGACUCGUAGCUAACUUGCAGCCGCCAGUGAGUGUAUCCGCACACCCACAUAGCCGCAGCAGCCUGGGAGGACGGGCAGAAGUAGAUAGAGAGAUACACAGACAGCACACCAUAGACAGACAAGGAAGGAGCCAGUGAGUGAGCAGAUCGCCUAGCUACAUGGACGGACAAGUACAAGUAGGUAGGUAUCCAAGUUUGUUUGUUUGUGUCGAUCGACAACAGAAAAACGCGGCAAUUAAUGCGGCCCAUUCAGCGCAAUGCCUGCCGACUUAUCAAUACAUACAUACAUAGUACUAACGGAUCACUUUCCCCACCCUGUCUGUCUGUCUGUCUGUCUGCCAGUGCGGUCACUGGAUAGCUACAUAGACCACCCUCCCUCCAUCCCGAUUGAAUUGGUCGCUCCGGCCAUCCAUCCAUCCAUCCAUCCAUCCGUCCGUCCGUCACGCCGCCCCCAAUUGCAUUGCAGCCAACAGGCAUCCGUACGUAUACACAGUCAGUCAGUCAGUCGUUAGAUAUCCAUGUGCAUGUCAUGUAUAUACACAGCAAACACCCCUCCCUCCCUCCCCUGUCUCAUUAACCAGCCAACCAACCAGCCAGCACCUUCCUAGUGUCCAUCGCUCGGUCAACCGAAGGCAGGUCAUUCAUUCCUCCCUCCCCGGGCCGCCGUGUGGGCUGAUGCCCCCCUCCCCCCUGUGGUGUGCGAUCAGCAUCUGUGUGUCUUCGUCGCUGGAGCCCCCCGGCUCCUCGUCGUUGGCCAAAGGGGAGCCCGCCUCGGUCGAGACGUUGCUGUGGUCCCUCUCCGUCAGCUCACGCGCCUCCUUGUGGGCGCCGUCCUUGUUGACAAGUUUGUUCUGUUGGUGGGGUGAUUUGCUCUGUUUGGGCUCGGAGGCUGCUUGGAGCUUUAGAUGGGUGUACCAGAAAAUGCCGAUCAGAGUCAUUAUCACGCCCUGCACUCAUUCAAUUCAUUGUCCCCCCCCAGGACACACACACACACACACACACAGAGAGAGAGAGUGCCUAUGGCUGUGGUGCGUGCGGACGAGCUCGCGAGGGAUUGGUGGCUUACCGUGAUGUUUUUCCAAGUGGCCUCUUGGCCGAAAACGAGGUAUCCGGUGAGGAGGAUGCAGGUGAGCUUGCCGUGGCCCAGGACGUUGUAGGAGAUGGGAGACGUCUUGCCGAUGACCAGAAAGAUCGACAGAUUCACCAGGAAGGCCAACGCCGCUGACAGACAGACACACAGACAGACAGACAGAUCCACGACCGCCGGCCGCCUCAUGUCAUGUCAUGUCAUGCCUAUGUAUGUCGUGACUGACAGGCCGGCCGGGUGGGUACCGACUUACCUGAAGUGAGUAUCCAGAAUGUGACCCACGGGGUGAAGUCGAAGAGGAGCAGCCCCGGGUUGCCGUCUUUGUCGGUGACAAGCGGCUCCAUGAAGGGCACCAGGCAGCACAGCAUCACACCCGACACGGCCGACUGGUAGUACAGCAGCUGCGGAGAUGUGCACUGCAGAGACUCCUGCAUGGGGCACGCCACGCACCAGCCAACCACACACACAUACACACACACACACACACAUCUCUUAGCACGUCGCACAGUGCAAUCAAGCUCCUGUGCACCCUCGCGCACCUGUUCCUUCUUGACCCAUAUCUGGUAGAGCGAUGUUGAAAUGAUGCCUGCCCCGCCGAAGACGAGGCCCCAGAAGUUGACCUCGAUGGACGUGACAGUGGCCAGCGCCACCCCCACGCACACAGGCACUAGCGAUAUGAUCUGCCAAAAGGGCAACACCUGACGGAACAAGGCACACACAAGCCAAGAGUGUUCCAUUCCAUCUCCCUGGGUGUGGUCUGUGUGUGGCAGGCACCCUACACCGACCUGCUUGUAUAGCGUAUGUUGCAGGACGAUGAUCGUUGGUGUGGUGAGCACCUUGAGCAGCUGGUAGAUGCCCACGGCGUUGUACUGCAGGCUUAGGUUGUUGAACACCACAAAGCCGCAGAAGGCCAGGCUGAUGGGCACCACCGAGAUGAUGGAGAGCGCCUUCUUGUCAAAGAGGCCGUAUCGGCUGCCGAUCUCCAGGCCGACGAACGUGAAGGUGAAGUGCAACGUGGUGAGGCUGACGGUGAAAUUGAAGCCCGCGUUGAAGGCUAUCUUGUUCGCCCAGAUGAUCAGCACCGACGUCGUGAAGUUGAGAGCCAUGUAAAAGGGGAUCAGCCACCGGGGAGCCUCCGUCAUGGCGGCGACAGGGACCAGCAAGAGUCACCAGACUAGAGAAGCAGAAACCAAACCCGGCAAAACAGGCAGGAAACACCGACCAGGCAGGCAGGCAGACAGACGCUCAGCAAAGGCCGCCUGACGAAGGC